AUGUCACAGUGUCGAUUCGUGGUGCAGACCGUGAUUUGGUUUCUGUCUGGAGGCGGUGCAGCUGUUGUGCUGUUGCCGUUCAAGACCCCGGGCUUCCGGGCGAAAAGGGAGACUCCCCAGCCGGUCAGCUCAACUCUCACCCUUCGAGGCCUCAAUCGAAGACGGCACUACACGAAGGUGGGAGUGCCGGAUCGGGCUGAACAUGCGCAGCGCCGCAUUCGCAGCGCGGAGAAUCAGCACAGGUCGGUCUCCGAUCCGCACACCGAACCAGCGCCCGCGAGCACCGUGGCGCCGACGCCGUCCACGUCGGCCUUGGAUAACUACCUGGAGGAUGAUGUUGAAGAGGAUGUCACCGGGCAUUCAGGCCUUGAUGACGUGCCUCGGGUGCCACACGACUUUCCCCAGGAGCUGAAGAGACCGGCGAGUCGAAAGAAGGACCCUUCGGCCUCAGCGGCCGCCGGGCUGGGCGCCUUCUCGGGCGCGGUGAGGAUGACCGAUGCCUUUGAGCAAAAGAAGACGAGGCAGCCCAUUCCGGUGGAGAGCUGGGGCCCACGGCCACCGAGCCGCGCAGGGCUGCCGCCCAAGGCCGAAGCGCUGACGGAUGGAUUCAGCACGUCCUGCAGAGGUGUUGGUGCCUCCAGCUCCAGCGUGGGGCGUCCCUUCAACGAGCGAGAGACGAGUCAAGGCCGCUCGAGCAAGAGCCACGAGGCGCCCGCUCGGAAGGCGGAACAGGCCCUGCCUGGCUCCAAAGUGGUGGGUGGCACCUGGGCGGCGGCCCGCGCCGAGCCGCGGAGCGCCGGACCGGGACCGGGCACCGCCAGCGCCGAUGCCCGGCGCGGCCGUGAACGCCGCGCCACGCGCAGCGGGCCCAAGGCCACAGACCUGGGCGUCUUUGGCCGCGGCCAACCGCUGACAAAGAGUCUCAGUGACCCGGGCGGCGGUUUGUCGAGACGGGUGAUGUGGGCGAGGGAUGCCAUUGCAGCGGGGUCUUUCUGUGAUGCGGGGCCACAGCGGGUGAUCUCAGCUACGACCAAGAGCCGGUCAGAGAAUGAAGUGAAGGACCCCAGUGGUCAGCUACGGGUGGUGAAGCAACUGCCAUGGCUGGGCGAGUCGGAUCGUGAAAACGCCUUAAGGGAGGUGAGAUUGUUGUCCUCAAUGAGACAUCCAUGUAUCGUCCCCUAUUUUGAAAGCUUUCUGGUGAGAUCGACCCCUUCCUUGCCUUCAGAGGAUUUGCUUUGCCUAGUCAUGAGCCGUUGUGAUCGUGACCUGCGACAAGAAUGUCUCCGGGUGCGCUUAGAAUGGGAGCUGCAAACCUCCGACGCCGCUGCGGCGUCCGCGUCCCGCGCGACCGGCAGCAGCACGACCGGCAGCAGCACGAUGCUGUCGAAACCACACAUCCCAGAGACGCAGGUGCUCUCAUGGCUGGCACAGUUGGCCUGGGGUCUGCAGCAUCUCCACUCGCGGAAGUUUUUACACCGCGAUCUGAAGCCCCAGAAUGUGCUCCUGGCACAGCAGGGCAAGCGUGUGAUGCUGGCGGAUUUCGGGGUGGCGGGCCAGGUGGAGCACACCGAAGACUUGCGGCGUUCCAUCGUGGGGACUCCGGCCUUCAUGAGCCCUGAGAUGUUGGAAGGGAGGCCUUACAACAGCAAGACGGACCAGUGGGCCUUGGGUUGCGUUCUCUUUGAGAUGAUGGCCCUGGAGCCCCCCUUCGCUGGCCGCUGCGACUCCUACGCCGCCGUGGUCUCCGCCGUGCUGCACGCGCCGCCCGUGGAGGCGCCGGACGGCUACAGCGAGCCACUGAGCUCAGCGCUGCAGAAGCUGCUGGCGCGCAAGCCGCAUCACCGGCCGAGCAACCGAGAGCUCUUGAGGUCACAAGUACUUCGGGAUCCUUUUCACGAUUUCUUGCAGUCCUUGGACAUCACUUUAGAGCGGAAGGCUUCGUUAGAGCCCUGGGCGAAAAGUCGUUCCAGCCUAGCCUCAUCUCCACCCCCUGCUGCCACCCCACCAGCCGCCGCAAGCCCACCUCCCACCGCGCCACCGGCCAACGCCGCGGGCGGCUCGGCGCGGCGGGCGGUGCCGUACCUCCGGCAGCUGCAUGCGCCGGAUGCACAUGGGCUGAACGGGCACGUGAUGAACGGUGCGAACGGCGUAGAAGAUGUGCUUCCGUCGCCCUCCUCGAGUGAUGCCACGCCGAGUAAGAGCCACGAAAGCAGUCAUGGGCGAAGUCAAGACCUGGGUGGCACGGGAGGAUCCUCCAACUUCAUGGGUUAUGGCAAGAGUACUCCGGGCCUGCCUGGUUUGGUCGAGGACGAGCUGGGCUCUCCCUCGCGGUCGCCCUACCCGUCCGUGCAGACGGAGGGCUGCGGCUCGUAUCCCAGUGACUUCGAAAGCGACUCCGGCGCGCCGAACGCUGCGGUGGAACACUCGGAGCACUCCUCGGAUCAAGAGAUGGACUUCCUGGAAGACCUCCAGGUCGUUGAAGACGAGACCUUCCCAGACUCCUCCGUCACACGCAAUGAGUGGCGGAACACCGAGUGGCGUCAGCUCUUGGCUGAAGCGGAAGCUCUCUUGGUGCCCUUGCCAGAGGUGCAUUGGGGCGAAGAGACGCAGAAGUUGCGCCACACGCUUUCGUCCUCCUUGGGCGGUGACGAGAAGGUGGACCAGGCCCUGAACUUCCUUCGGGAUCGGCGUCCCUUGGGCGACACCAUGGAGGCCGAUGAGCUGCUCCUCCAGGUCGAGCUGAUGGACCUGCUGGGGGAGGAAGGCAUUCAAAAUCUGUUUCGCCACAACGUCCCGAAAGCAGCACGGCCGGUGCUGGCGGAGCCGCAAGCUCUGGAGGUCUCCGGCUGUGGUUUAGGCGACGCAUGGCCCGCAAGCCCCCAGUCGUGUGGGGGCACGCCGCCCACCCGGCGGCCAAGAGGGCAUGGUCAGGAGAUGCAGAUGGAAGACGUGGAGGUGGACGACCAUGUGCUUCACCCCAACUUCCGCCGUGGAGACGCCACGCCUCCCCAGGUCAUUGUGACCCGCUCCCAUGGCGCGAGCCGCGCCAGCGUGGGCUCCCGCGGCUCUGGUGGAGCUGCGCACCCGAGGGAAGGUGUGCGGCACACGGGCGGCGAGAGGAUGCCGUUUCCCACGUCUUUGGACGUUGACUUCCUGACGACGUUUGACUGGGAGAAGGGCAGCGAAGCACAGCGGGACUGGGCUCUGCUUGCGCUGGCUGAUGCCCUACUUGUUGUUAUGAAGGACAUCUAUGCCAGCGUCAUUCAGAGCCCUCAAAAGCGAGCGUCAGAGCACACCGGUGACCAUGCUGGGCGCGCCGGUGUGUGGGUGAGCGAGCGAGACAGGUCCUCAAGCUCUGCCAUUUGCGCCGAAACGACGUGUCUGCUUGGCUCCAGCUCUGCAGACGGAAGGUCGGGAUCGCACUGCUGUCGCCUGCUCUCUCCAGAUCCGGUGAUGCAAUAUAAUGCCUUGGACCUACUGGGAGAGCGGUUGUUGACCGCUGUCCCGCCCAGUGCUUCUGUUGUCCUGGACAACGCGAAGUUUGGCAUGAUGGUGCUGGUGAUUCUGACGCAAUCCCUGACACCUAAUCUACCUAGUUACUUGCGUGUCCUGUCCUUGAUCAACCCAUUCCAGACGCGAACCUUUGCCUUUAUCUCGGGAUUCGUCAGCAAAAAAUCUGCAAACUGGUACGAGGCAAUGCAUGCCUCCCGCAACACACUCCUGCAGAUCCUUCUCUUUGCUCUCUUCAUCGAACCCAUCUAUGCCUUGGCUGCGGGACAGGUUUGGACGCUCUCAGGAUACUUGUGGGAGGUCUACCAGAUGCUGGUGUUCCCAGGACAGAAUGUGCAGUGGAGCCUCGGUCGCGUUUGACAGCAAACUCUGCUUGCUCUUUUGUGGUUUACAGGUGGGUGCAGGUGACUGAAGGAAGCAUCAAGUGCGCCAAACACACGUGAACAGCGAAACGUAUGUGUGGCGAACGGACCAGCGAUGCGCUGGAAGAAGUUUGUGUGGCUGGGAACAUCCAACAAAUCCACCGAAUGGAGACCGUUGAUCAGCUUGAAC